GGCGCCUGUCUGCCGGACAAAAGGCGAAUCUGUCUGACGGCGGAUUGAAGCCCAAUUAGAAGCAGAGGAGACAUUUUGGGAAAACUGUCAGUGUCUGUGUGUCCCUGCGCCCCGAGGCGAUAGAUAUAUGGUAAAACAAACAUCCGCGGAGGCUCUUGGACUGGAAUAAUAAGGAUGUUCCAGCAGUGUGAGGAGCCUCGCUUCACCAUCGAGCAAAUUGACCUCCUCCAGAGGCUACGGAGGACGGGCAUCACCCAGGCAGAGGUUCUCCAUGCUCUGGACACCCUGGAUCACCUGGAUCGGCAGCAUGGGCACAAGUUGACCCAUAAACCUUCCUAUAUGCCACCCUCAUCUUCCAGCACUGUCGCCGCCUCUUCUUCCAUGACUUCUACUGCCACUCAGACAAGUUUUCCCAACAACCGCCUCUCAUUGUCCCCUAAUAACAACUUUGACACCACCUCCCCACCUUUGCCUGUUCCAGUAGCCUCACCUAAUACCAUAACAGCAGUAGUGCCAAACGGUUUGGUUGCCGUUACCAAUGGGAAGCUUUCACCACCCCGGUUUCCUCUUGGGGUGGUUAGCGCUACUGUAACCACACCAGGUUAUGCGUUUGAAGCUAGUGAAGAGGACAUAGACGUUGAUGAAAAGGUGGAGGACUUGAUGAGGAGGGACAGUGCUGUGAUCAAGGAAGAGAUUAAAUCCUUCCUAGCGAACCGACGUAUAUCCCAGGCUGUGGUUGCUCAGGUAACAGGGAUCAGUCAGAGCCGGAUCUCCCACUGGCUCCUACAGCAGGGAUCGGACCUCAGCGAGCAGAAGAAGCGAGCUUUCUUCCGCUGGUACCAGCUGGAGAAGACCAAUCCUGGUGCUACUCUGGCAAUGCGAGCCACCCCCAUAGCACUGGAGGAGGUGAUGGACUGGAAUCAAGCUCCUCCUACAUUUGGUUCGGCCCCCGGUGGCUUCCGUCUGCGACGAGGGAGCAGAUUUACCUGGAGGAAGGAGUGUCUGGCUGUCAUGGAGGGCUAUUUCAAUGAUAACCAGUAUCCCGAUGAAGCCAAGAGAGAGGAGAUUGCCACUGCCUGCAAUGCUGUCAUACAGAAACCAGGAAAGAAGCUGUCUGAUUUGGAGAGGGUAACAUCCCUGAAGGUCUACAACUGGUUUGCGAACCGCCGCAAAGACAUCAAGAGGCGUGCUAAUAUUGAAGCAGCCAUCUUGGAGAGUCAUGGCAUCGAGGUUCAGAGUCCAGGAGGUCAGUCCAACAGCGACGAUGUGGAUGGCAACGACUUCCCUGACCAGGGCUGUGAGGUGUCCUUAUUUGAUAAGAGAGCUUCAGCAAGGCAGUUCAGUUUCAGUCGAGCUGACCUGUCCUCUCCAACCCAGGUUCCCACACUGCUUCCCAGCUGGUUUUCUGCCCUGGGUAGAGGGGGCAUGUCUGGACAGAGGGCCACAUCUCUGAUUGGUCGCUCCCUAAUAUCAGGCGCGGUUCCUCAGAUGGAAGGUUCCAGACUAACAGGUGUUUCCUGGUCCCCUCCCUCCCCCUCUCUCCAGGACGAGCCCACAGUUCACAGUGCCCUGUCCGAGCCCCAGGAUCCAGUCAGUUUGGAGAAGGCGGCGGCGGUGAGUGACAGCAGCCCGGCGGUAACCAAUCAGGGGGAUGGCGCAGGGUGCAGUGUGGGGAAUGACAUCAAGACGGAGACUCUGGAGGACGACUGAAAGGAGGGGCAGAUAUCAGAGCUGUCGGAGCGAUAAACAGGUGUCAUUAUAUGCAAGCAGAUUUUAUAGGAAUGUAAUAAUAAGUGGAAAAAAAUGACCAAAAGUCGUGUAAAGUCCAACCCUGAGAUACCUCCCAACCCUACCUCCAACCACCAACCUGCUCUGCUACGCUCGUAUAGGCAUUAUUAUUGUAUUCUAAUUAUAAUAUUAACAAUAAGCUUUUAUUUGUUAGUGUUCCCCAGCAACCUGUGGAAAAUUUAAAAUGUACCUAAAAACAAAUCCAGCAAAGAAAGUGAAAUAGGACGCACCUAUAAGGGAACACAUGCUGUAGCUGUCCGUUUUCUUUGUUGACUUGUUUAUGUUGAGGCAUUUUAAAUCUUCCACAGAAGGCUGAUAAACAGGACUUUCAUGCAUUGUGCAGAUUUUCUUGGAAAACUGCUUUUUUUCACAGCAGGACAACACUGUAUUUGACAUGGAAUUCCAAACAUUUCAGGGUCUUGCACUGUGAUCACAACACAACUUAACAGCCUCAAAAGAUAAAUGCGUUCAUUUUAGUUUAUAUUAACUGAUAGUUAUAAAGUGUUGCAGCACAUUUCAUCACAGUUCUUUAUAUUUUAUAUUUAAUCUUAGGGUAACAGUAUAUAAGUAAUAUCUCUCUGGGCCCAAAAUGACUGAAAAAUGUUUAAGAAAAAAAAAGAGAGAAAAACAGUAUGAGCCUCCCCUGCCUGAUAAGAUAAACUCAAUGUGUAGAAGCAGCGAAAGGCCAUAAUGAUUGAAACACCGAUAAUGCAAUUUUAUCAUUACUAAAUCUUUCAGAAUUUAUUGUUUUCACAGAUUUUACUUGCAUUCGUGUGGUUAAUUUUAUAUUGAAAAUUCAGCCGCCUGAGGUUUUCAGGCACUAAUUUGGACUUAAAUGUGAUUUAUUUCUAUUUACAAUAGUGAAAUUACCCUUUAUAAAUAUUUAAAUACUGUGAAUUUAGUAGCGUUUAAACUAAUUUGGGCCUCAGUUUCCAGUGAGAAUUUAAAUCCUGUAUGGCUUUACUUUGCUUCCAAAUCGAUAACAAGUGUUUUUUUUUUAUUUCGCUUUUUUGUUUUCGUUUUUUGAGAGAGUUGUAUGAAAACUAGAAACCUGGGCGUCCUUGUGACCGGGUGAUGUUUAUUCAUUCGUACCCAGUUACCUGCUGGAUUAUAUAAUUAAUAAUCAACACAUAUCAUUCAGCUGAGAGGAAGUCAGUAGUGUCAUAAAGCUGUUUAAAUACUAAAGAUUAAAAUGUAAAGUGAAUAAAUACAGAUGGGUGAUAAAUUAAAGGAAACUGAACCACUGACCCCUACAGUGUUAGGAUCCAGUUUGGGCCUAUUUGUCCCUGUAGAGGGAAAGGUCACAAUAACUCUACUUUCCUAAUAAGGGUGUUCUCUUCCAGGUUGGCAGUGCAUUGUAUCUUUAGGCAUGCACUGUGCAUAUAGCUUUCAGACGUGCUUUAAGUUUUUCUAAACAUGAUCUAUCUUUUGAUUUUCAUUUUUUUAAAAUGGUUAUCUUUUGAGGUGAAAAUGCAAGUAUUUUUGGUGUUAAUGUCACUGGCUGGAGGCCAUUGAGUGGUAAACAUUUGGUGCUUGGUGGCUGAGAGACCCAUUCACAAACUGAUUGGAAGAUUAGUGGUUCAGUUUGCAUGUUAAAUUGUCCUUGGGCAAGAUGCUGAACCCCAUAUUAACACAUUUGAGAUGUUCAAUACGGGUGCUGAUAUGAUAGUUAGUAAUGUAAAAAACCUGAUAUUCCAACUAUAGUGGCCCAUAUGUUUUUUCUUUCUCUAACAUUUGUUGUGUAGCUAUUUAUUUACUUGUUUACGCUCUGCACUUCUCAGCUGGGAUCAGCUGUUUUUUGUGUUUGCAGUGUACCAAACAUAGGUAUUUGAAACGUUUUUGCUGUUGUAAGUGCUGAUGCAAUAGAUCAGUAAGUGGCUAAUAUCAUUGCCCCCGAUUUAUCUAUCAGAGUGCGAGUGUUUGCACCAUAUUCUUAAAGGCCCAUAGUAUGCAAGCACUAUAUGAAUACAGGUCUAUUUAACGUUCACCAGUUUGGCAGUGUUGGGUUGUGCUUAUUUUGUGUGAGCCGAUGAACAGAAAAAAAUGAGCCAAGAAAACAACUUUUCCUUUUUUAGGCUUUUGAAAACAGAAAGCAGACUCUUGUAAGCUGUGAAGUCAUCAGACUGUCACCAGAAUUACACUCACUUGGGCACCUAUGGGAGAAUGUGGGCUAGUUAGAGAGGACUCUGAAAACACCAAAUGAGGGAAUAUGUUUUGGAGGAAUGCUGUUAAUCCCUGUAGUAGAGUUUUAGAAAUUUGGAGAAUCACUGAAUUUCCAGCGCAUGAAGGGCCAACACCUUGACACGACAUUGGGUUUUUCCUUUAAUUUGUUACCCAUCUUUCUAUUCUGUGUGUGUGUGUGCGUAGACACACAGACUAUACUUAAAUACAGUAUAUGUAUCCAAAUCCAUUUCUUUGUACACUAUAUAGACAUAUUAGCUUCAAAUGAGAGAAACUAUCAGUAUGAGUCUUAUCAUGUUGGUGAAAGAUGAGUGAAACAUUAGCCAAAGUAUUAAGUUUUAAAAUUUUGUGUAUUUUCUGAGUGUAUGAUAAUCAUGGAUGAAACUGUGUGUUUGAGAUAUGCUAAUCAAAGACGCAUCAGAUGUGUCAAAAACUAUUUCAAGCAAAAUGCAUCAUUUUUAUAUUUUACUUUUUCAGGUAUAUCUGUGUUUGUGCUCGAUAUGCCAUGUGUUCAAAACACACACUGUCACUUUUAAGAUGUAUUUUCAUUUUGAAUGACACUUAAUUUGUUUAUGGUGCUUUGAGUCCUUGUUGAAAGAUUUCACUAGUCACUAAGACUGACUGACAGGCCAGAGGAGGCUAAUUCUUUUGAAAUCACCAUAAGAAGAACUCUCCUUUAAUAAUAAUUAAAAAACCAACUAAAUAUUUGAUUGAGGUAAAAUCGAAGAUAUUUAAGGUUAGUACAGCCAUUGUAGAAGUCUAAGAGAUUUUUAACUGUUUAACAUUUUCAACAUGAAAUGAACUAAACCUUUCAAUUUUAAAAGUAUUUUUAAAAACUGAAGGCAUGGAAGCAUCUAAUAAGCCAUAAUUUAACUGUUUAAGUCAGAUACACUCCUUGGUCUUCACAUCUGGGUUCAAAACACCCAAGACGAUAAUGGCGAAGAAGUCCAGAUGUGGGUGACGUCACAGCGAUGCCAUCCGUCUUUACUAAACUGCUCGUGGUUUAUAUUGUCAAAGCUCCAGAACCCCAAAAUAAUUUCCAGAUCAGUUUUGUAGUGAAUACAAAAUCAUCCACCGGUCAAAAGUGAGUAAGGGCUCUGGGGCUUUUGGUUUAAACGCCAGCCUAGUCAUGCACUCCCAAAAUGUUCUGCACACUAAGCACCGUGCUCUGAGCGUUUCAACCACACUAACAGAAAUGUCAUAGUGAUCCAAGCUUUGUAUGUACAUCCUGUUCCAUCAGAGUCCAGGAGGAGACAUGGCUCCUCAGCUGCUUAAUGUUCCGCUGAUGAACAUUAAGAUAAUUGAAAGAUAUAUGGUCACAAGUAUGUCUGUCGGGAUAGAAGGAUCCAGGUUUUUAACUGACGAUUUUGACAAAAUUUUGACUCGCAAUGGCUGAAAAUAAGCUCAAGUUUGUAGGCGAGAAAAGACUGACUGCAGUUUCCAGUAUGAGCAACACGCACACAGACAGACACUUACUAACCUUUGAAACAAAAUAAAAAAAGUGAGUGUAGCUCAGUGGGGGAUCACUGCUGACACUAUCAUUCAACACUAUCAGUCCAGCUCUUACAUUUGCUUACCUUUUACAGCUGACACUAAAACCUUCUUAAAGGCUAAAACAUUAAUAAUACUACAGUGCAGUGUAACACUUGAUAGAAACCUAAAUGCUUACGAAGGUGCAGCACACCUCAGCUUCAUGUUUAAGUGCCUCAUUUUUCUCAGCGCACUAACGGAGGAUCAGUGCACGAAGCAGACUUCUACAAUGGCUGUACAUUUUUAACUGUACUACAGCUAAUAACAUGAUGUUCUGUUACACUAAAGCGGCUUCAUUCAAACCGGUUCAUCGUCACCAGGUGCUUUACAGGCUAAGCUACUAGUUCAGAGUUUAAAAACUCAACAUAUAUACCUCGCUCCCUCCCAUUCAGCUAUAAGCUACUCCCCGCAGGUUUGUUCACAGCUGCUUCAAUGUGAAUCAAAGCUUCAAACUAACUGUCGAGCUGAUUUGUGUCAGUCCCGUCUGGAUCAAACUGUGACAAGGCCGUAAAGAUGAUUCACGCUGGCUGACAACAGAAGCGUCAGCGGCUUUUCAAAAGGGAAAUUUCUCCUCAAACUAGAGCCAGUAAAUAUCACGUUUAAAGGGAAUUUACUCAUUUAUGAGCUCCAACGUCCACCAGGGUCCAUAAAAUACGAAAUAGUCUCUCUGUCAUUCUGGUGGAUUUCAGUGUUUCGGGCUAAAUGUCUGAGAAACUUUGUUGCAUGGUGGAGGAUUUCUUUAAUUGUGCGGCAGCAGAGCUGUCCUGGGUGUCUUUGCUUUAAGCAUUUGAGACAUUAUUAGUCAGUUAUGUAGCUUUCUGUCAUUUAAUGAUUUACACCAAAAUUUACAAACCCACCAAAGGGUUACAGAUCGUUUUUUAUUUUGUUUUUUUCUUUUUAAUCUGCUAAGCAGAAGCCUUUCUGAAAUGAAUCUAUGGAUUCAUUUAGGCCAUUGUGCUAUUUUGAGAUUAUUCUUUUUUGCCUUCAUGGUCUUCUCAUGACAUUGCAUUUUGGAGGUCUGAAGCAGCCAGUUAGUGUGAGUUUGUGUCAUUUUAGCUAUUUUGUACAUAAGAAAAAGGGAAAAAAAAACUGCAAAUGAAAAAUAAAGGCAAGGUCACCGUCUUAGUUUGAUUACCCAUCGCAGUCUAAUAAAACGAUUGGAUAGAUACAUCUGAGGUGGAUCUAACGGUGUCAAUAAUUUGUUAAGCACCACCAGGAGACCUUACAAAAUUGAGAGUAAACACUGAUUUAAACGUUAAGAAAUAAGCUAAACUUCCUUACAUAAAGAACCCAUAUUUGCUUCUAAUAACAGAAACCUCAGUCUUUUCUGGUGUUUGCUGUGCUUUUGUUUGUCUGUUUUGAUCUAAAUGGACUCUUUUUGUGCCAGAAACUGCCUAAUACAGUUAAAGUUCUCAUGAAAUAAAAAACAGUAGGACAGAAACAGAAAAGCCUUUGCUCGUGCUGCUGUCAGGCCAUUAAUGCUUUGUGUAUCCAUCUGCCUUCAGUCCUCUGUUGCCUUGUUGAACUGUUUUUCUUUUUUUGGAACAUCUACCUGUGCAUAUGUUUGGCACUGACUACACCUUGACUCGUCUUUACCUGUGCCAUAUCCCGCCGUCAGUUUGGCCGGUGGUCCACAUAGUACAGCAAAUACUUUGUUCAACAGGAAAGUUUGGAUAUGAGAUGCUUCCUUUAACAAAAUCAGGGUGCAUGUUAAGGUUGUGAGCUGAUUUGAGACUGAUGCCUCUCAUGUGAGGUGCUUUCAUUCCUCCUUCAUUGCUCAGUGUUGUGAUAUGCAGUUUCACGUUUAAAGAGUUAAAAAAAAAAAAAAAAAGCUGGGUUUUCUUUUGUUUUUUUUUUAAAUUAAGGUGAAAAACACAUCUAUCAUUCAUGUGGUCGACGUGAAAUGGAGACGCUCCGGUGUUGAUGUUCUCAUGUAAUCAGCCAGGAGGAAAACAAGCAGUGGUUGCCAUUUCACUGUGGCAAUAAGCUCUUCAAUAAAUCUCUGUAAAAUGAAAAAUAUCAAACCUCAGCAGGAUCUUUGUUGUAUCAGUUUAAAUUGAUUUUUCUGUUUAUUUGCUUCUUUUCUAUUUCAGGAUUUAGUGCCUUUUUUGGACAGUAGACUGUUCUGUAAUCGCUAUGUAGAAACUCUACAUAGGCCUUUUGUUACUUUUUCAUCUGUUGGAUAAACCUUAUGUUAUAUUUAAGGUGUGUUUUUAUUGAUAUUCUAUUUACAAGGGAAUAAAAACUGAUC